CAUGACUCUCCUCACGCCCCACAUGCUGCUUUCUGGUUGGCUCAGUGCAUCUGUGGACCGCUCCAUCACCCGCGACACACUGUGUACUGUUUAGGGCUGACAGGGAGAGCACGCAGAAAGGACUGUUGCUCUUUGAUUGUGUUUCAUUUUAUUAUUUGUGUGAGGCAGCCCAGGUGUGGGUCAGUUCACCAUGGGGUCCAUAUUCCGGAGUGAGGAGAUGGCCCUGUGCCAGCUGUUCCUCUCCAGUGAGGCGGCCUACAACUGUGUGUCUGAGAUUGGCGAGGUCGGCCUGGUGCAGUUCAGAGAUCUCAACCCUGAUGUGAAUGCCUUCCAACGCAAGUUUGUCCACGAGGUGCGGCGGUGUGAUGAGAUGGACCGCAAGCUGAGGUACCUGGAGAAGGAGAUACUCAAGGACAAGCUGCAGAUCAUUGACACUGGAGAGAACCCUGCUGCACCUCAGCCCAGAGAGAUGAUUGAUCUGGAGGCCACCUUUGAGAAGCUGGAGAAUGAGCUGCGCGAGGUGAAUGCAAACGCUGAGACCCUCAAGAAGAACUCCCUUGAGCUGACUGAGCUGAAACACGUCCUGGCCACCACCCAGCUUUUCUUCCAGGAGCAGGAGGCACAAACUUCCCUCACUAUUGAACAGAGGGACUCAGAGCCCAACAGCAGCAUCACCCAGAACCUGCUGCCUGCUGAGGAGGGGAAGGGACCUGUGCAGCUUGGGUUCGUGUGCGGCGUCACCAACCGGGAGCGCAUGCCCAUGUUUGAGCGCAUGUUGUGGCGUGUGUGUCGCGGCAACGUGUUCGUCCGCCAGUCUGAGGUGCAGCAGCCCCUGGAGGACCCUGUCACGGGGGAGGAGGUGUUCAAGACUGUCUUCAUCAUCUUCUUCCAAGGCGAGCAGCUCAAGACCAAGGUAAAGAAGAUCUGUGAAGGCUGCCGUACCACCAUGUACCCCUGCCCCGAGUCUGCCCAGGAGAGGAAGGAGAUGGGUCAGGGUGUGGAGGGGCGACUGGCUGACCUGCGCACGGUGUUGAACCAGACCACUGACCACCGCCACCGUGUGCUAGCUGCUGCCGCCAAGCACCUGAGGACCUGGUUCAUCAAGGUGAAGAAGAUGAAGGCCAUUUACCACACCCUGAACAUGCUCAACUUGGAUGUGACAAACAAGUGCCUCAUUGCUGAGUGCUGGAUUCCCACAGUGGACAUGGGCUCCAUCCGGGCUGCCCUGCGCAAAGGAACGGAGCGUGCUGGCAGCUCAGUGCAGCCGAUCAUCAACCAGAUGCUCACCAACCAGAUGCCACCAACCUUCCACCGCACCAACAAGUUCACCGCCGGCUUCCAGAAUCUGAUUGACUCUUACGGCAUUGCCACCUACCGUGAAGUGAAUCCCGCCCUGUACACCACCACCACCUUCCCAUUCCUGUUUGCUGUCAUGUUUGGUGAUGCGGGCCACGCCACCAUCAUGCUGCUGUUCUCGGCCUGGAUGGUGCUCCGGGAGAGACAACUCAUUGCUGCCAAGAUGAGUGGUGAGAUCUGGAACAUCUUCUUCGGCGGCCGUUACAUCCUGCUGCUGAUGAGUCUCUUUUCUUUCUACACUGGCGUCAUCUACAACGACAUCUUCUCCAAGUCUUUCAACAUCUUUGGGUCAUCAUGGCACAUCGGAGACAACGCUAAUGCCACAGAGCAUAACUUGCAGGCUUGGGGGGAGCUGACCCUGAAUCCUUACUACCGAGACUUGUACUCUGGCGAACCCUACCCAUUUGGCUUUGACCCCAUAUGGCAGAUAGCAGUGAACAAGAUCGCCUUCCAGAACUCCUACAAAAUGAAAAUUUCCAUCAUCAUUGGUGUCUUCCACAUGAUCUUUGGCAUCAUGGUUUCCCUCAUCAACCAUCUAUUUUUCCGGCGUUUUUGGAACAUUGUGUGUGAGUUCCUCCCUCAAUUGAUCUUCCUGGUGAGCUUGUUUGGGUACCUGUGCUUCAUGGUGUUCUACAAGUGGGUGUCCUUUGGCUCUGGUGAGGAGUUUGACAUCCAGCACAACUCAGACUGUGCCCCGUCUGUCCUCAUUUACUUCAUCAACAUGGUGCUGCUCAAGAAGGACAAGCCAACUGGACACUGUGACGUGUGGAUGUACGACAAUCAGUUCACCAUACAGUUGAUACUGCUGGUGGUGGCGCUGCUGUGUGUGCCCAUCAUGCUGAUCCCCAAGCCCUUCAUCGCCAGGCGGCAGCACAACCAGCGCAUGAGGCAGCUGGCAGUGUCUCGGCAACUACUGGAGACUCAGGGAGCAGGAACCUCAGCAUCAAGCCAUGAGGAGGAGUUUGAGUUCAGUGAGGUGUUCAUUGAGCAGGCCAUCCACACCAUUGAGUUUGUGCUGGGCUGCGUCUCCCAUACAGCCUCUUACCUCCGGCUUUGGGCGCUGUCCCUGGCUCACGGGCAGCUGUCUGAGGUGCUGUGGAACAUGGUGAUGAAAAUUGGUCUACAGCAGGCAUCCACCGUUGGUUGUGUGAUGCUGUACCUUAUUUUCUCCUUCUGGGCGGUCCUCACUGUGAGCAUCCUGGUCCUGAUGGAGGGACUGUCUGCCUUCCUUCACACCCUCCGUCUCCACUGGGUGGAGUUCCAGUCCAAGUUCUACAAGGGAGAGGGAUAUGCCUUCGCGCCGCUCACCUUCAAAAACAUCAUCAACGGGGACGAGGAGGAGGCAGCAUAGACGCCUUGCCACCUCUUGCUAUUAUUCUUGCCAUUAUAAAACUUAAAAUUUCUUGUAGUUGUGCAGACGUCUUCGGUUGACCUGAAAAGAUUGUGAAAUGUCAUAGUGGUUGUGUAAGCAAAUUAUUUAGAAUAUAUUAUUUAUUUUGUGUCAAAUUUAUUUUAAUUACAUGCAUUAUAUAUUUUUGUCAAAUUUAGUUUAAUUACAUGCAUCUUACGUUAAAUGUAUUUAAAUCUAUAUCUUGCUUUUCCAUUAGAAAUAUUCAUAUAUUGAUGUCAAUUAAAUGCCAUGUAAAGAGAGUAGGCAAGAGUAUAUUGAUUUAUUUAUAUAUUGUACCAAAUUUUAAAUACUCUCAGAAUUAUAUAAUACUAGUAGUAAUAAUUGAUUUAUAUAUUGAACAAAAUUUUUAAGUGUCAGAAAUCAAUACAAUUUGUAAAGAUGAAAACUUAUCUGUAAUAUAUACAUAUAUAUCCAGAUAUCCUUUUAAUGUGUACCCUCCUGAGCCCUGCAGGGAGAGUGUGUCUGUGUGACGUUGGUGCUACAGUUGUGAAUCAAUGUUGGGAGGACCCAUCUGUGUCACCCUGGAAGUGUCAGCCUGUCCCUGAGCCAACCCUUGUCUGAACAGUCCAAUGAGUUGCUGUUAGACAAAAAAAAUUAACUAGAUUAUAAUGAUUAGUAGAAGAAACUUACGAAUGGCAGACCUAUUGUGUCCACUUGUCAUUCCUCUCUUCAAAGCCCCAUUUUAAAUUCAUGACUAAUAUCAUGGAAUACUGCCAUCCUAUCUGAGAACCAGUUUCAUCUUGUCUCAAACCUGGUUUGAGUUUUAACUUCUCAUCCUUGAACUUUUCAUCCUAUCAUUAUUAGUACCCAUAGGGACAGAACAUCUCCUUUUUAGUACUGUAUGGGAGUUAGUAUAUAAUAGUUAUAAAGAACAUGUGCAUGGUGGCUGAGGUUUCCAGGAGAGCACAGAUGGGUCUUGUUUGCUCUCUCCCUCUCGCUCUCUUUAAGGUUGUGUCGGACUAACUGACCAUGAGCUUAGCAGUAUUACAGAACAGAGUGAGAAACUGCUUGUAAGCAAAUGUCAAGGAGGGUUGUAGUAUCUGAUAUAAAACUUGGGAAUUAAAGGUAAUCAAUUAGCA